GUUGGACACAUCUGGAUUUCUUCCCCCCAGCACGUCCCCCUUUUCUGGAUGGAAAGGAAUUGGGGGUAGGGAAAUUUAAACUAUUCAGGUCUGGACCUGGUUUCCCUCUAGGUUCAUUAGCGAAUCUUACAAUGCAUAGGCAUAAGCCUGUGUUCUUGAGAGUCUAUUAUGUAAUCCACCAGACAAUGAAUCUAGAUCCCACGUAUUAUCAUUUCUGUUCCAAGGACCCUUUUCCUCUUCCCCCACAUCCGUUUAUGGAAGAAUAUGGAGUUUGGGAGUGUGGCUCAUGAUCUGUCACAUGCCUGGAUAUUGGGGGAAGUAUGUGGAGAAGCUCAUAUGACUGGACCUCGGUUGGGGAUUUUAGUAAUUGAGACAGAUAAUGUUCAUCAGGCAUCCCACCAUCGGAGAUUAGCAACAAAUAAGUCACAUGUGAGUUUGUCAGUGCUAUGGCAUUGAUUCAUGUGCUGUCACAAAUUCCUAAGAAUACUGAUUUUUGUUACUUUUAGAACUGGUUUCAUCUGGACUUUCUGGGCAUAUCCUUCCUCAGCACAACUGUAUUAGGCUGAGAGAGCUAUUCCUGUGCAUAGAAGCAGUGACAACAAUUAGCCAACAAGCUUAUAAAAUACAAAUGAUUUUGAAGCCUAUGGCUUGUCUUAUAUACUCUUCUAGCCUUUUGUUUUUAUUCAUCUCAGACACAAAUUCAAAAACAAGGUUUAAAGUUGUAGAGAUGGGUAAUAGGAAAAGAUAAUCCUCCAAUAUAAUAACGAUGGGAGAGAUCAGGACUAUAUUCCUCUACCGAGAGAAGAUAAGCCCUGCCUUGGGUACUGUGUAUUGAGGUCUAUUUUUGUCUGUCCUCGAUGUAAAAGCAGCUCUCCACCCUGGCUUACUCCACUUGCAUACAGAAACACUGCAGAUUCCAUGCCUCCUUCCUUCCUCCCUAAUCCCCCUUCUCAGCAUGUCUAUCUCCGCCUCCCUCCCCUGUCCAAAUUUUCCAGCCAACAGCUGGAGCUGACUUCCGCAAUUCUGAUGGAAUAAAUCCAGCAAUCCUAGGCAUCCGCCCACAUUAUCGACACUUCCCUGCAGAAACGAGCCCAGAGAGCAGAUUCCCAUCAGCAGGAUGUGGGAGCUCAAGGUUCUACUGCUGCUGCCCGUGGUGAGCUUUGCUCUAUACCCUGAGGAGAUACUGGACACCCAAUGGGAGCUAUGGAAGAAGACCUACAAGAAGCAGUAUAACAGCAAGGUGGAUGAAAUCUCCCGGCGUUUAAUUUGGGAAAAAAACCUGAAGCAUAUUUCCAUUCAUAAUCUUGAGGCCUCUCUUGGUGUCCAUACAUAUGAACUGGCAAUGAACCACUUGGGGGACAUGACCAGUGAAGAGGUAGUUCAGAAGAUGACUGGACUCAGAGUACCUCCAUCCCAUUCUCGCAGUAACGACACCCUCUAUAUCCCAGACUGGGAAGGCAAGGCCCCAGACUCCAUUGAUUAUCGAAAGAAGGGAUAUGUUACUCCUGUCAAAAAUCAGGGUCAGUGUGGUUCCUGUUGGGCUUUUAGCUCUGUGGGUGCCCUGGAGGGUCAACUCAUGAAGAAAACUGGUAAACUCUUAAAUCUGAGUCCCCAAAACCUGGUGGAUUGUGUGUCUGAGAAUGAUGGCUGCGGAGGAGGCUACAUGACCAAUGCCUUCCAGUAUGUGCAAAGGAACCGGGGCAUUGACUCCGAAGAUGCCUACCCGUAUGUGGGACAGGAUGAAAGUUGUAUGUACAAUCCAACAGGCAAGGCAGCUAAGUGCAGAGGGUACAAGGAGAUCCCUGAGGGGAAUGAGAAAGCCCUGAAGAAGGCAGUGGCCCGAGUGGGACCCAUCUCAGUGGCCAUUGAUGCAAGCCUGAGCUCCUUUCAGUUUUAUAGCAAAGGUGUGUAUUACGAUGAAAACUGCAAUAGCGAUAAUCUGAACCAUGCGGUUUUAGCAGUGGGAUAUGGGAUCCAGAAGGGAAAGAAGCACUGGAUAAUUAAAAACAGCUGGGGAGAAAACUGGGGAAACAAAGGCUAUAUCCUCAUGGCUCGGAAUAAGAACAAUGCCUGUGGCAUUGCCAACCUGGCCAGCUUCCCCAAGAUGUGACUUCAGCCAGCCAACCCUAUCCUGCUCGUCCAUUCCUUCCAUGAUGGUGCAAUGAAGUGAUGUACUUUGGAAGGGAGUGGUAUGCCUUUCUUGAAGCAGAUGCAGUAAUACAGAGAUUGUCCAUUCAGUCUCCUCAUUUGUUUGUGUAUCAGGCAACACUCCUACUACUUUCCUUCUCUCCACCCAAAGCCUUUAUUUUUCACUGUGACCACAGUAGGAAUUUCCCCCCAAUUAUUAUGCACUCCAGUUCAUAAAUCUAUUUAUCAGUUUUUGGUACAAGUUAACAUGAUACAAGAAAUGUGUUUUCUUUUUCCUUCUUUGCAUUUUUUAAGUAAACCUAGUAUUUAUCUUGUCUAUAACUUAAUAAAUAGCUAUUUGGUAGCAUCUCAUUUUGUGUUGGAUACUGUCCUAGGUGCGGGAGACAAAAAGGUGAAUAAAACAUAUUCUUAUACUUGA